AUGGCCGGAAUCAACAUACUCCAGCAGGUGUCGAAGGCUAGGAACGGCGUGGGUGCUUUUGUCCAUCCAUGCCGUAAAAUUAUCAUUACCUAUUGCAACUUCGGUGGCUCGUCAAAAGGCACCAGAGACUUCCUGAGAAAUAGACUCAAAACGUUUGCCCAAAAAUAUCCACAGAUUCAAUUCCAUAUCUUGCAAAAACCAGGGUUUCACCCUGUCUUGCGAGCACAGUAUACUGACGGACUGGAAAAACAGAUAUGCACCCGUAAAUGGAACGUUGACGUUGUCGAAAACAAGCUGAAGCUGCUUAUCAACUCUAGCGGAAGAAAACUGAGCAAGCCUAAACAGUUUGUCAAGUCGCUCAACAAGUCUGUCAGAGGCAUCUGGUCUCCAUUCCAUGUGGACCCAUCGCAAAGAUACAAAGUUUGAUGUACAUAGUAAUAUAUUAGAACAUGACGUUUUCGUAGGGACACUCAACACUCUCAUGCCCUUCGCGCUCGCACAACCCGCACCAUUUUUCCCGGCCUGCCGCAGGAUCAUUGUGCACUGCAGGCGUUGCAAUCAGCUCUCCAUCUUUCACGAGUGGCUCCGACAUGGGGCUUGCUUUGUUCUCGCUCUGCUCUUUCAAUAGAGCAUACUUGGCUUGCAGCUCGUUAAGCUCGUUCUCAAGCGUUUCGGACUUUUGCGUGGCCGAAUCUUUGGAAGAGACAAACUGGGUUUUUUCUCCCAUGAGCGCCUCGUGGGCCUUCUGUAGUUCGUCGUACGCUUUCCUCAGUUCUUCCAAAGCUUUGGCCAUCUCUGCUUUCUCCUGUUUCAACCUGUUAGCCUCCUCCCUUGCCUCGUCACGUUCCCUUCGCACCUCCGCAUUUUCCCGUCUCAAAUUUGCAUGUUCAUUCUCUAGCGUUCGAUACUUUGUGUCCAUCUCAUCGAAUUUCCUCUUGAGAGUCUCAUAGUCACCAUUUUCGGGUUCACUCUCUUUUUUCGUUUCCAACUCGCGCAAACGUUGUAGAUAUAUUUCCUCAUUUUCUUGUGCCUGCUGCUCUAGUGUCUCUACAGCCUCGAUCAGCUCCUUGAUCUGAGUAUCAGUAUUAGUUUUGAAUCUCUCAAAUCUCGCGUCUUUCAUCUUAAGCUCAUUCUGGUUUUCGGUCAAAAUGGCUUCAAAUGUGUCCACUGUUGUUUGCAGCUCCUCUAAAAUGCGAUUUCGUUCCUGUAACUGCUGCUUGUAAAGUCGAUUCUGUUCGGUAAGCUCGCUGAUCCUUUGAUCAAGGUCGUAAGGAGCUUUGUUUGGAGAGUUUAGCACAGAAGCCUGAGACACAGGCCUCAAUGGAGAGGUGUUCACUUGGACAAGCUUGUGGUACGGUAGAAACAAACCACUUUUGGGAAUUUUAGUCUUGAAAUAAAAGACACCAUCGACAUCCCCAGAGUUUUUGCCUUUACUUACGCUCUCACCAAUAAGCUCAACGCCGGCAAACGUGCCGCUCUUAUUACGUACCCUCCCCACAUAUCUAACGUACGCUUCCC